AGUGCGCAUGCUCAGUGUAGUAGCCGGUUAUGGCGGCGGUGUGUGUUUGUCCAUGAGGUGGGGGACUCCUGCUAUUCUUGCGGUGUGUGACAGAGCGAUCUGAGCGAAGCGCUGCCAUGGCUGGAGUGUUUGACAUUGAUUUGGACCAGCCGGAGGAAAAUGUCUCCGACGAUGAGAACGAGGAGGGUCAAAUCGCUGAUCUCAUGGAGCAGUGCAUUGAGUUCAACAUGGAUGACUGCGAGAAGAUCGAGAUAUCCGAGGACAACGUCAAUCAGGGCACAGAGAACAUCCGACCGGAGUGCUUCGAACUGCUGCGCGUCCUGGGGAAGGGUGGCUACGGAAAGGUUUUUCAAGUUCGAAAGGUUGUUGGCGCUGCAGCGGGCAAAAUAUUUGCCAUGAAAGUUUUAAAAAAGGCUAUGAUUGUGCGCAACGCCAAGGACACAGCCCACACCAAGGCGGAGAGGAACAUCCUGGAGGAAGUAAAGCAUCCCUUCAUUGUCGAUCUCAUCUACGCCUUUCAGACGGGAGGGAAGCUAUACCUCAUCCUGGAGUAUCUGAGUGGAGGAGAACUCUUUAUGCAGCUGGAGAGAGAGGGCAUCUUCAUGGAAGACACAGCCUGUUUUUACCUGGCAGAGAUCUCCAUGGCUCUGGGUCACCUGCACCAGAAGGGCAUCAUCUACAGAGACCUAAAGCCCGAGAACAUCAUGCUUAACAGCCAAGGUCACGUAAAGCUGACAGACUUCGGGCUGUGUAAAGAAUCCAUUCACGACGGCACGGUCACGCACACUUUCUGUGGCACCAUUGAAUAUAUGGCUCCAGAGAUCCUCAUGAGAAGCGGGCACAACAGAGCGGUGGACUGGUGGAGUCUGGGCGCUCUGAUGUACGACAUGCUCACAGGAGCGCCGCCUUUCACUGGUGAAAACCGAAAAAAGACAAUUGACAAGAUCCUGAAGUGUAAGCUCAGCCUCCCGCCGUACCUCACACAUGAAGCUCGAGACCUCCUAAAAAAGUUGCUAAAGAGAAACGCUUCAUCGCGCCUGGGAGCGGGAGCAGGAGACGCUGCAGAGGUGCAGGGUCAUACCUUCUUCCGACACAUCAACUGGGAGGAGUUGCUGGCUCGGAAAGUGGAGCCUCCCUUCAAGCCUUUUCUGCAAUCGGCUGACGACGUGAGUCAGUUUGACUCAAAGUUCACCAGUCAGACGCCCGUCGAUAGCCCGGAUGACUCGACCCUCAGUGAGAGCGCCAAUCAAGCCUUCCUGGGUUUCACGUAUAUCGCUCCAUCGGUCCUGGAAAACAUCAAAGAAAAAUUCUCGUAUGAGCCAAAAAUCCGCUCACCCCGACGCAUCACGGACAGCCCAAGGACACCGCUCAGCCCGGUCAAGUUUUCAGGGGGGCACUGUUGGCAUAGGAGCCCCCUCGUUCCCAGCGGUGGACCCGGUGUCCUCCAGUCUCCUCAAGACCAGGCCAUGGAACUGUCCACCCCAGAGCAGAUGGACAUCACAACCAGCGCCGAGGCCUCGGCCCCUCUCCCCAUCCGUCAGCCUGCUGGGAUCAACCUUGCUCAGAUGAAGCAGCAAGCCUAUCCUGUCAUGGCCAAACGGCCCGAGCAUCUACGUAUGAACCUAUGACCCCGCCGCCACUGUUUAGGAGAGUAUAUUUCUUGACUGUUUUUUUUUCUUCCUCCCACCAAUGUUAUUUUUUUAAGAAACAAAGCAAAAAGAAAUGGAUGCUAGAGACAAUGAAAAUCCAAAAUUGCACAUCCACACACUACAUAUACUGUCAGAACCUGCAGUUUGUGCGUGCAUUUGGGACUCCGGCGUGCUAUGGUUAAGUGCUACCAACGAUAUCACGUCUCACCACUUCCGACACCUCAGGUCUGUUGACCUUCGUCUUCUACCCCGACCCCACCCCCGCUCAAAUGGACUACAACAGGAGAUGCUUGGAGGAGCUGCAGCCUGUAACGUGUCUCACGGUAUGCAAGCAACUCAAACUGAAAUGCAGUCGGCUAGAAGAUAUCCAAAGUGCUUUACGCUGUUUAAAAGUGGGGGGAGGCGAGCUUCUUCUAUUGGAAGAAUUUGGAAAGGACUUCUCAGAUAAAAUGCUUCCUGUCUCUGAGUGAAAAGGUAUGGAUUUAUUUUAAAAAAAGAAGGAUUAAGGAAAUUUUCUUUGAGUAGCAGAUAAGAGGCGGCUCUGGUGAUGAUGAAUAUAGCUUUGUCUUAAUAAACACAUCAACGAUGAACCAGAGAGCCUCGAUUCAAAGGAGUAAAACCCCUGUUGACUUUUACAAUCUGAGCGUCAGUGUUAUGGAUGACGUGUGACAUGGUUCAUUUGGCGUGGGAUCCCUCCCUCAGUUAUCCACUCUUCAGGCACUAUCACACUAUGGGUUGCAUCAGUGGGGUUAGCCGGCACGUCACCAGGUGCACGAGCCUCAUUCAGCAUUAGCGUGAACCACUGUCUCUUCCCCUACCAUCACACAAAACAUCAAACUGAUUUCGGUGCUGCUUUCUUUGACCCUCCCUCCUCAGUCUUACACCCAGCAGGAGAUGCUGCGCCCCUGCUGUUUUCAGGACGUCGGACCUCACCUGACCCGUGGAAUGAUUCACAUCGGAGGCUGCGGCACCAGUUGAUCUGGACUGUCUGCCGUUUUUAUGCUCCAAAAGCCUGGAGCAGCAUUUACAGCCUCCUUGCCUCUGCAUUAACUUGUUAAGGAGCAACAUUUUAGAAGUCUUGGAAAGCAAGAAAAAUUAUAAAUAAACUGUAAAAGAAAUACAAA